AAUGGGCGCUGGAAAUUCAACACCACAAACCGCACGCAUAGAAAAUCCGAAAAGAGGUAUACCCAUAGAAGUUACACCAUCGGUGGUAAUGCGUUUGGAAAAUUCCAAAAAACAACAAGAAAACGUGCCACCUGAAACCCCAAAUGAACACCCCGAAUCGAAAGGAGUUCGAAGCAUACCCAACAUUUGGUCUGAAGGACCACAAGAAGACAUGUAUCGUCGAAAAUACAAUGAACACGAAGAAUAUCAAUUCGACAAAACAUUUGAAAAAUUAGAAAAUAUUCUUGGAAAACCUAUAGCAUGGCGUGAAGAUAUUGAAGGUGAAAUCUUAGGGCUGCGCAAAGAUCUUAUAAAAUGUUAUAGUGAUAAUCCAGGACAAACUCUGCAUUGUUCCCAGAUUGCCAGGAAAUAUCAAGAUUUUAUAUUUGAUCAACAAUACAAAAGUAUUUUGAAAGUAACAAAUGGUAAUGAGGAGGAAUCUGUUACUAUGUCAGGUGAACCGCAAUCGACACCACCUCCACCAUAUCAACAUUCACCACCGUAUGUUUAA